ACUUCCUAAAAAACACAGAAAAAAUAUUUUGUUGUGUUUUUUUAUUUUGCAAAUCAAAACAAAAAUAUCAACACAACAAUGGACACGAAACGAAUUAGUGAACUUCUCGCAGUUCAGGAUUUCACAAUUCAAACAUUGGACUUUUCCGAAAAUACAUCAAUACAAUCAGGCGAACAGGAGAGAAUCUCUCGUCCUGUGCGACGAGCAAGUCGUCGAACUUCUCAAGCCAACAAUAACCCAAAUAGCAUCAACCCCAUUAUAAGCAGCAGCAACUAUGAUCCCGAAAUGACCGAUUCCAGCUGUCAGAGUGAUGAUACUAGCGGUGGUGGGGGAAGUAGCAAUGGUGGUAGUGUUCGGCCAUCCAGCAGGGGUCGUAAUUCAAACUCAGCCCAAAAUCGACGGCGGAAGGGGGCACUCAAUGCAAAGGAAAGAAAUUUGAGGCGUUUGGAGUCAAACGAGAGGGAACGAAUGCGGAUGCACAGCUUGAACGAUGCAUUCCAGUCCUUACGCGAAGUUAUUCCCCACGUGAAAAAGGAACGACGUCUGUCCAAGAUUGAGACACUCACUUUGGCUAAGAACUACAUAACCGCUCUUACCGAUGUCAUCCUUUUGAUGCGCGGCGAAGAGAUACCCACCGGCAGUGAUGGGGGCGAUCUAACUGCAGAGCACUUCGACUGCAGCAUCCUCGCAGAUAAUCCGAGCAUCAUCCAGACCCAACAACAACAGCAGCCGAUGACUGUCAUCAACAACAUCAACAUCAUGGCUGACAGCACAGCAACGGUAUUCAAUGAGACAAAUGGCAACUAUGGUCAACCAUUCCGGGAGUUCAUAUAAAUCUGUUGCGAAAAUUGAAAAACCCCCCUUACUCGGAGGUCCGUUUCGGCUUCCGCGUCCGAGUCAACAAAUUGGGGAAAACGCCUACACCCUAGACAAACCCUCAUCAACAGUACGUAUAUAUAAUUUUCCGAGAGCAAUGUAAACAAAAUCCCUAUAAUGCAGACUA